AUGGCUUACCCCGGUUUCACAGCCGCGUGCUGUAUCAUUGGUGACGAGAUCUUGAAUGGCAAAACACGCGAUUCCAAUGCCUUUUUUCUAGCCAAGUACUUGUUCGAUUUGGGGAUUGAUCUUAAACGAGUGGAAGUGAUUGGCGACGAUUACGAUGCUAUUGCAGAAACGGUACAACGAUUGUCGAGCGCACACGAUAUUGUGUUUACAAGCGGAGGGAUUGGUCCUACACAUGACGAUAUUACCUAUGACGCUUUGGCGAGGGCGUACGGUCUGCCACUCAAGUUAGAUGAAGAGACAUGUGACUUGAUGAAAAAGUCAGCGACGAGCAGUCAUUGGACGUUGACAGAGGAAAGGAAAAGAAUGGCGAUUUUCCCUCAUCCCGCCGAGAUUUUGCGUGAAACGACGGAUUUUUGGGUGCCGGUGGUGGUGGUGAACAAGAAUGUGCAUGUAUUACCGGGCAUUCCCAAAUUGUUUGAAGGUUUAUUAGCUUCUUUGCGACCGCACUUUGAGUCUUUGGUGGAAGCCAAGAAUGGCGCCUUGACGCACUACUACCGUGUCCAAAUUGCUACCAGCCUUCCCGAAGGGGAAAUUGCACCCUAUUUGACGACAGUGCAGGCACGUGUAAAAGAGUCGCAUAUUAAAAUCGGCAGCUAUCCGAAAUGGGGAGACGAUACCGAUGGCGUGCGUGUAGUGGUUAGUAUCGUGGGAAAGGAUCAAGACCGUGUACAGAGUAUAGGAAAAGAAAUUGCACAGUUGGUGAAAGGUUGGACAUACGAAUCACCGUCACCAUCAUCAUCGUCAUCAUUAUCAUCUGUAUCAGCACACAAACCUUCAUCUUGA